UUUUUUUUUUUUUCUCACAUCUUUAUUUGCUCUAGGUUACUUAACAUGGAAGCAAUGUUAUCCAAGCGUGUACAAGAAAUGGUUCAGAAUGGUGAGGAACCACCUCCACCUUAUGUUCGUAGAGAUGUUAACUAUACACAAAUCGUGCCUUCAACGUUAUGUUCACCACCCAUCAUUGAUUUUCGGCUCAUGUCUUCAUCAACACCAUUAACUAAACAAAAAGAAGAGCUGCAAAAGCUAAGAUCAGCUCUCUCCUCUUGGGGAUGCUUCCAGGCAAUAAACCAUGGGACAUCAAGCACGCUUUUGGACAAGGUUCGUGAAGUUGCAAGGGAAUUUUUUACGCAGCCAAUGGAACAAAAGAAGAUAAUUUCCAAAGGGGUGAAAGAAUUUGAAGGGUAUGGUGCGGAUCCAGUUCCCGAAGAAGGUCAGUUUUUAGAUUGGUCAGAUCGUUUGUGCCUUGAUGUAUACCCUGAAAAUAGAAGGAAGUCAAGUUUGUGGCCAGAAAAUCCAUCAUCUUUUAGGAAAAUUCUGGAAGAAUACACAGAAAAGCUGAGAGAGGCAACAAAUCUUAUUUCUAGGGCUAUUGCGAAGUCAUUAGACUUAGAAGAAAAUUGCUUCUUGAAUCAAUUUGGUGAACAAGCACUUCUGCAAGUGAGGUUCAACUACUAUUCCUGCUGUGCACAACCUGACAUUGUGCUCGGGCUUAAACCCCAUGCAGAUGGAUCAGGAUACACCAUUAUACUACAAGAUGACGUUGAGGGCCUCCAAGUUCACCGUAAGGAUAAGUGGUUCACAGUUCCCACAAUUUCUCAUGCCCUAUUUGUACUCAUGGGUGAUCAAAUGGAGAUAAUGACUAAUGGAAUUUUCAAGAGUCCUAUGCAUCGGGUAUUGGUGAACUCCAAGAGGGAAAGAAUAUCUGUUGCAAUGUUCUAUACUCCAGAGCCAAACAAAGAAAUUGGACCAGAACAAGGUUUGGUGAAUGAAGAACAACCGAAGCUGUUUAAGAAAGUGAAAGAUUAUGCUGAUACUCAUUGGGAAUAUUAUCAACGAGGAAGGAGAGCAAUUCAUGUAGCAAAAGUAUGAACCGCAGUUGUUGCAUUUGUGUGUGAAAAUUUGUAGAGUGUCAAAUAGUACCCAAAAAUAAAACCUUACGUGUAGUUUAUUAAACAUGUGUAUAAACAAAGUUGCGAGACAAUUAUGAAACAAAUAUGAGUGUUUCUUUCAGCAUCCACACACAUUUCUUCCUGUAUUUUCACAUUUCAAAAAUAGU